CAACGGCAAACGCUUAGCUAACAUUUUGAUAAUUGACUAAUGUUAAUAUGUUGUCUUGUCACCUUAACUUACCCUAACCUUUGUUUAAUGAGAAGUGGGGAUUAGCUAAAUCAACGUUAAUACUCCUCAAGCAAAAGUUUGGACAUUAGCUACAUUUUUGUUCGCUACCGUUAGCUAGCGAGUUCUGAAAAUAGCACAACAUAUAAUGCUAGCUAAAUGCUAGACGUGGUUGGAUAAGUGAUGGUAUUCUUGUAAUAUUAAGUUAGCCAUACUAUUACUUUGGUGACAUUUAACCGUUGUUAAUGGUUUUUAAACCAGUGAGGUAGCUAGCUAUUAAAAGAGUGACAUGGAUAAUACAGUGGUUUACAGCAGCAGCCGUAAAGUGAAUACCACAAGGACAGAUCUUAGUUUGCUGCUUGAGUGUCUGAAGUUUCAGAUGAAAUGUCCCGAUUUGCAGAAACAAGCUCUUCUCGCCAUUCACUCAAUCUGUGAAAAGAGAGAGGAUAAUGUGGACUUGCUGAGAGAAAUGGGAGGUGUGGCAUUUGUGUAUAACCUCUCCAAAUCCAGUAUUGUUCGUUCAGAUGUAAAGGAGACUGCACUAUUUACGCUUGGCACGUUAGCAGAGGCCAAUGUGUAUUGCAAGAAUUCUCUGUGCAGAAAGGAGACAUUUGCAGACCUUGCUGGUUUUUUGAUGAAAGAAGACAUCCCGCUAACACUGAAGAGAGUGUCUGUCUAUUUGCUGUCUGUGUUGGUAGCCAACAACAAAUCAGGACAGACUCUAGGCCAAACCACUGGCUGCUUGGAUAUUCUACUGCAGCUUUUCAGGACCACUUCCCCUGUCUCCACAGAGGCUACUUUGAGAGCAGCUAAUGCUACUCAAACCUACCAACUUUGGGCCUCUGUGUCUAGUGCUCUCUGUGGAUGUGUCAACAACCCUCAGAAUGAGGAUGGUCAGCGUAUUUGUGUAGCAGCCUUUCCCAUGAUAAAAGUCUGGCUUCAGCAGAUUGCUUUGCCAUGCACUGAGAUUUUCCAACCCAUAUGUUCCUUCAUAGCAAUGACAGUUGCAAACAACUCCUGUGUUCAGGAGAGUUUUUCUGCUUUGGGGGGUCUGGAUACUCUCACUCUUGCACUGGUUCGUCUAGCUUCUGCGGCAGAUACAAGCUUGUUGUCUUGCCAGCUUUCCGUCACUAUAUCCAAGACCCUGUCAGCUUGCAUCACAGAUAACUCUUCCCUGGCUUCAGGUCUGGCUCAGUAUGGCGUGGUUUCCCACCUCUUCUUCCUGCUGACUAGUCCACACCUGCACCCUGAGGACAGGCUCUCUGUUUUACUCACCUUGGGCCACUGCACUGAAUCCUCUGAGGAGCACCAGUCCCAGUUGGUGCAGUGUGGAGGCCUGCCCCUUAUCAUAACCCUACUCACAGAGGAUACAAGUGAGGAGGUUAGGAAGGCUGCUACAUUCAUAUUGCAGACCUGCAAACAGGCCACCAUGUCCUUGGGAGUGCCUGAACUGACAGCGAGACAGGGGGAGGGUGAAAAUGUGACCCCCCUUACAAACAUGGGCGGCUUCAGGAGCUCAGCCAGAGAGGUGCUGCGCAGGAUUGAACUGCUAGAGAAGAGACAAGCAAAGGAGGCUAAGGAUGAGCAGGAAGACACAGAACCAUUAACUUUAACCGAAGGGCUAGGCCAGCUCUCUCUGCCUCCAGCUUUACUGCAGCCUCUGCAGCUGAAGGAGAGGAUUAAAACCAUUCCCACAGCAUAUAGACAGAACAGUACUCUUGAACAUGUCGAAGCAGGGGGUGACAACUACAUUCAAACCUUCAGAAACGUGAUCAAGAAUACGAGUGACCGUGAACUGAAGCACAUGAGCUCCAGUUUAAGUAUGCAGGAAGGGAAGGCUAAAACCAGUGAAGGGGAUGUGUGGUGUUCCAUGUGCAAGGGUACUGGAGCCCUAAAGUCUUCCCAUCUGCGGCCAGUAGAGGGAGGCAGAGAGCCUCAUACAGCAGACAGUCAGUUGUUUAAGCCCCCAGCACCAGUGAGGCACAGUGUACCAAAAGAAAUUAAAUGUACUGAUGUGGAAGAGUUACAGCACCAUGAGAUGAGUGAGGUGGGGAACAUCUCAGUGGAGGAACACUCACUCUCUAGUAUACGGUGUGCAGGUUGUGUGCUGCCUUUUGAGGAGGUGACAAGUCGCACUUUUGCGUCUCUCCAAAGCUCUUGCCACCACAGCUGUGACAUGCACAAGGUUCUCCAGGAGGCCACAGAGCAGUUCAGGACUCGUCACUUCAACCUUCUGUUCAGGAGAGAGUACCAAGACGACAGUGUGGAGCAGACAGAACCAGACCCUGAGAGAGUUUCAGCUGCAGAGCCACAGAGAAGCCGGGAGAACUGGAGAGAGGUCUGCCUGACUCCCAUACGUAAAGGAGCAGGGAAAGGCAAGCCCUCCCUGCCAGAACACCAGUGGAAGAAGCACAAUGGCAUCACUUUGACUCCACGGCACAGUGGAGCUAAAAAGCAGAUAUUCACCUCUCAUAACAGGACCGGUCCAGGCUUGACUCCCCUGAAAAGGUCUCGUCUUCCUGAAGAGAGAAGAAAAGGGAAUAAUAGUGGAAAUCCCGCUCCUAAUGAUGAGCCGAGAACUAGCACAGAUCAAUCUUCCACUAGAAGGGAGAGGAAAGACUUCAGCCCUGAGGAGGUGCGUUGCCUGCUGUGCGGAGUGAAGACUUACGGCUUCUCCUGGAACACCAUCUUGUGGUCAUACGACUUCCAACCUGGACGCACCAAUGUUGACCUGGCCAAAAAAUACAGGAGGCUAAUGGCAACACGAGAAAAUCUCCUUAAGUAAGACAUUUGAUAGUUUUCUUUAUAAAUGUGAAAUUGCCCUCAGAUGAACUGCUGAUUGUUUCUUCAGAAAGGCUCUGCAUAAUCCUGGCCCUGAGAUCCUGGGCCAGCCCAUUAAUAAUGGCUCCCUGUAAAUAAUAGCUCUGACUCUACUGUAUUUAUGACUCCGACUGUAUUUAUUGGAAAAAAAUCGUUUACUUCAUAUACUCAUAAUAUAUUGUACUCUCAGUAUUUAUAAAGACUUUUAGUACUUUGUAUAUGGUUUGCACUGUUUAAAAAAAUGUUUUUGCAGCUCUUCAGUGCUUUAUAUUGUUAAUUGUUUAUUUUUGUUAUGUUAAAACAUUAAAACAGGUAUUGAAGAUUCUUAAA